AGUGUGAGUAGGGGUGGUUAGGAGGAUGUGGUGUGCUGGGGUUUGUUCGUGGGCAUUGUGAUGGCGGCAUGCUCUGCGAGAGCGGCGCUGUGUUGCGCGGCGCGCUAAGAGCUCGCCGUGGCGGUUGUGGCCUGCGCGUCUCCUUCAACAUGCUGCCUUCCCUCACCUCUCCCCCGCUCCGUCCCCAGUCUCUCCUUCGACGCGCUGACCAUAGGCCACCUCAUGACCGAGAUUGACAAGGGGCUGCUGCACCGCGCGUUCUCCGUCUUCCUCUUCCGGCCAUCUGACGGCCGUCUGCUGCUGCAGAAGCGCGCGUCCGAGAAGAUUACGUUCCCGGACAUGUGGACCAACACAUGCUGCUCGCACCCUCUCUACAUCCAGUCGGAGCGCAUCGAGGAGGGUCAGAUGGGCGUCCGCAACGCCGCUAUCCGCAAGCUCCAGCACGAGCUCGGCAUUCCCCUUGAGCAGAUGAAGCCUGACGACUUCACCUUCCUCACCCGGAUACACUACCUUGCGCCGAGCAACGGCCAGUGGGGAGAGCACGAGGUCGACUACAUCCUGUUCACAGCCCUGGACGUGACGCUCGACAUCAACCCCAACGAGAUCGGCGACCACCGCUACGUGUCCAAGGCCGAGCUCGAGGCCAUGUUCGAGGACCCCAACGUCAAGAUGACGCCCUGGUUCAAGCUCAUUUGCCGCGACCUGUUGUACCCCUGGUGGGACCAGAUGCUCGCCAAGAGCCGCGAGUUGGGUUGGAACCCGGAGCAGGGCACCGGGCGCGUUGACGCCCAUGUCCUUGAGGGCGGCGACAAGGUGAACGACCUCAUCAAGAUGGUCUAGGCUUAUCGAGUCGUGUCCCCUUCGCAUCUAGCAUUGUCAGUUGUCCCG